AUGGCUCCGGUGAUCCCGAAGCGCCGGCGAACGCAGGCCGGAAGUCCAGCCGGCGCCGCCGCUUCCUCCGCUUCUCUCUCGGGGCGCUUCCCCGGCGUCGCCAUCUACCUGGUGGAGCAGGGCAUGGGUCGCAGCCGCCGCUCCUUCCUGACUCGCCUGGCACGCUCUAAAGGCUUCUGCGUCCUGGACGUGAGCAGUUCUGCGGUGACCCAUGUGGUUGUGGAGCAGACUUCAGCAGCGGAGGCUCUCUGCUGGCAGGAGCAGAAGAUGGUGACUUCUCCCUCAGGGGAUACUUUCUCAACUCUGCUGAACAUGAGCUGGCUCACAGAGAGCCUGGCUGCUGGGCAGCCCGUGCCUGUGGAGAACCGGCACCACCUGGAGGUGACCAAGCCCAGGAAGAAGACUCCCAGCCUAGUGGUGCCAACCUAUGCUUGCCAGCGUCUGACACCUCCCACCCACCACAACACCAGCCUCUCAGAGGCUCUGGAGACGCUGGCAGAGGCUGCAGGCUUUGAAGGCAGCGAGGGCCGGCUCCGCUCGUUCUGCAGGGCCGCCUCUGUGCUCAAGGCCCUGCCCAGCCCCAUCACAGCCAUGGCCCAGCUGCAAGUGCUCCCCCACUUUGGAGAACACUCGUCCAGGGUUGUUCAGGAGAUGCUGGAGCAUGGCCUGUGUGAAGAGGUGGAGAGGGUGCGGUGCUCCGAGAGGUACCAGACCAUGAAGACCUUCACCCAGAUCUUUGGAGUUGGUGUAAAGACUGCUGACCGGUGGUUCCAGGAAGGGCUGCGGACCCUGGAUGACCUCUUCAAGCAACCUCAGAAACUGACCCAGCAACAGAAAGCAGGGCUUCAGCACCACCAGGACCUCAGCACUCCGGUACAGCAGCAGGAAGCCCAGGCUGUGCAGCGGGCAGUGGAGACGGUUGUGUCGCAAACCCUACCCGGUGCCACCGUCACACUGACUGGUGGCUUCCGGAGGGGGCAGUUGCAGGGUCACGAUGUGGACUUGCUCAUCACUCACCCCCAGGAAGGUCAGGAGGUGGGGCUGCUACCCAGAGUGCUAGACUGCCUGAAGAGCCAGGGCCUCAUCCUAUACCACCUCCACCAACAUAACCACUAUAAAGACCCUGCCCACCUGGUGAGGCACAACCCCACCAUGGAUGGCUUUGAAAGGAGCUUCUGCAUUUUCCGCCUGUCACACCCCCCUGAGGUGGCUGUGGGGUGGCCCCAGAAACCCUGCAAGGCCUGGAAGGCUGUGAGGGUAGACCUGGUGGUCACCCCAGUCAGUCAGUUCCCCUUUGCUCUCCUUGGCUGGACCGGCUCCAGGCACUUCGAACGGGAGCUACGCUGGUUCAGUCGGAAGGAGAAGGGGCUGUGGUUGAACAGUCAUGCUCUCUGUGACCCGGGGCAGAGAAAGUCUUUCCAUGUGACUUCAGAGGAGGACAUCUUCAGACAUCUGGGCCUGGAGUACAUUCCCCCUGAGCAGAGAAAUGCCUGA